AUGGCUCACCUCAUCCUGUUGGUGCUGCUUGUCAGCACCUACGCCUACGCUGCCCCCCAACCGGCGGCUACAGAUACUGGCGCCGCCGCUCGCCUCAACGAUCAGCUCGACUUCGACUUCCACAACGUCUUCCCCGCCAUCUUCAAGGCCAGCGUCUGCACCCAAAACACCUACCGCUACUCCCCCGAGUACGACCACGCCUGGGGUCCCACCGCAGGCGUCCCUUGGCAAAUAAUAUCAGACACCAUGUUCGGCCUGGGCAACAACUGGCGCCCCACAGACAACCGCAUUGACGCCCACCUCCGCAUCUACUACGACGACGGCGCCAGAUACAAACACUCGGCCAACGGCCAGCUCUGGGACACCGUCGAGCACUUUUACCGCCCCGCCGGCGACGGCGGAGUCCACGCCUGCCAGGAGCAAACCUUCCACCGUUGCUACCCUGCCGGUUUUCUCCCUCGGCUGGAGCAGAUGCCCCUCCAGACGCUGUUUCACAAGUGGAUGCAUGCCAUGCCGUUUCUCGGGCAGGAUUAUCCAGACGCCCGAGGUAUGAGCGGGAGUUGGGACCAUGUGAUCACUCUGUUCACAGAGCAAGCGUUGCAUGAUCCAGAGGCCUACAGUGAGUUCUUUUACCCUUCCUACACAAGGCUGUUUUUAUGGCAGCGCCAACAAAAGAAAGCAUAUCUCGGCCUCUGGGCUGCCCUUGCUGACCUGAGCCCAAGCGGUUACCUGGACGCCAAUGGCAGAGGAGGUGGAUACACAAUCGACCGCUUCUGGGGCAUAUGGCCUGAGGAAACCAAAUGGGACCAGAAUUUCCUUGAGGACAACACGGGUGAAACCGACAAUCCGGCUUUUGGAGGCUGGAUUACGGCGUAA